AAAUCUGCCAAUAAUAUAUGGUGAAUCUGAGAAUCAUUAAAGGUUUUUAAUCAUUUCAAGAUUUUUUUUCACAUCUGUUUGUUUCAAUAACACACGUGGGUUCUGCAUAAAUACAAAGCUGUAACACCACAGUUCUUACAAAAGUUCUGAUCUUCUUUUCUGUCAUUGUUCUUGAGAAUGGGUCGUUUUGUGGAAGCUUCUGCAGUUGCUCUGACGUUGUUUUUGGCUGUUGUAAUAACACAUUCAGCUCCAGAAUCUGCUCUUGUCACCACACUUCCUGGCUUCAAUGGCACUCUUCCUUCCAAACACUACGCCGGGUACGUGACGAUCGAUGAGAAACGUGACAAGAAUCUAUGGUAUUACUUUGCGGAAUCCGAGAAGGAUCCGGCCGAGGAUCCUGUCGUGCUUUGGCUCAACGGCGGUCCAGGUUGCUCGAGCAUGGAUGGCUUUGUCUACGAACAUGGUCCUUUUGAUUUCAAACAAGCAAAAACAGACGGCAGUUUGCCACAGUUACGGCUCAAUCCUUACAGCUGGUCCAAGGUUUCCAACAUCAUAUACCUGGAUUCACCUGCAGGUGUUGGGUUUUCAUACUCGGAGACCAAAUCUGAUUAUUCCACAAAUGAUACGCAGACUGCCAUUGACGCUCAUGCGUUUCUUCUCAAGUGGUUCCGAAUGUUUCCGGAGUUUCAAUCGAAUCCGUUCUACAUCUCGGGAGAAUCCUACGCUGGAAUCUAUGUGCCGACGCUCGCUUCUGAAGUCGUCAAUGGUAUUAAGGAUGGCGUAAAACCGGUUAUCAACUUCAAGGGAUAUUUGAUCGGCAACGGAGCUGCAGACCCGAUUUAUGACGGGAACGCUUUAGUCCCGUUCGCACACGGGAUGGGACUAAUCUCGGAUGACCUCUUCAAGGAGGCUACAGCUGUGUGCCAAGGAACGUUCUAUAGCUCGAAUGGACCUAAAUGCGACGAAAAACUGGCUAAAGUCGACGAGGACAUCGCAAAAUUGAACGUAUACAACAUUCUCGAGCCGUGCUACCACGGGACAACGUCCCUUUCAGCGUCCGAUGUCAAUUUGCCAUCUAGUUUCCUUGAUUUGGGCAAAACUAAAAGGCAAUUGGCUGUGAGAAAGAGAAUGUUCGGUCGUGCUUGGCCUCUACGCGCGCCUGUACUUCCAGGCCUCGUCCCAAAUUGGCCUCAACUCCUCGAAAACAUCUAUACCCCUUGCACCGACGACAGAGUAGCAACGAUAUGGUUGGACGAUCCAGCGGUCAGGAAAGCAGUUCAUGCCAAAGAGGUCAGUGAGAUCGGAAGCUGGAUGCUCUGCACAUCGAAACUCAGAUAUGUACAUGACUAUGGAAGCAUGCUCUUUCUCCAUAGAAAGCUCACUCUUGGCGGAUACCGAGCUCUCAUUUACAGCGGAGAUCAUGAUAUGUGUAUUCCAUAUACCGGUUCUGAAGCAUGGACACGUUCUCUCGGAUACAAUGUCACAGAUGAAUGGAGGGCAUGGAUAUCAAAUGAUCAAGUAGCCGGGUAUACACAAGGAUAUGCGAACAAUCUCACGUUUCUAACUAUCAAGGGUGCAGGGCAUACAGUUCCCGAGUACAAGCCUCGCGAGUCGUUGGAUUUCUAUAGCCGGUUUCUUGCAGGAGAAAAGAUAUGAUGAAACCCAUAAAGAUUCAUGUUCUGUUCUGUCAGAAGUUGUUCAAUGGUUUCAUCUUCAUCGUAUGUUUCUGUACUGUUAAGUCUUUGAGUAUAUAAAUAAAAGAAGUAUGUGUUUUAAGCUUCAAACAUUGCAUUUAACA